AUGAACGUCUGCAGCCUUCCACAGGUCGAUCUAACGACACCCACGACCACCAUGACUAUCAAGAGUGAACCGGUGUUGCACUCCAUGCGGCAGCAACCCUAUGAGGUGCCUCGUCGCUCUAUCAUCCAAUGCACUUGUGGGUCGGAGUCAGUCGAAGGCUACACUGGCGACUGGGUCCAAUGCUGGACCGAGUCGUGUGGCACGUGGUUCCACGCAACGUGCGUCAUGGACGCACUUCGACCUUUAACUCCAUUCCAAUGUGCACCUUGCAGACGAGGAGGACAGGCGGCGGUCACUUCAACGGAUCUUCUCGGCCAACCCCGUCCCAACAUGAACGCGUUCUUGUACAUGUGCUGUAAGAACAACGCCAGUCGCGCGUUCCACCAAGCCAUGGCCUCGGUCCGGACGGACUUUCUCAAGUACACGCAACACGACGAGUGCAAUGGGUUUGUGGUGGCCGCGACGGUCGGGGCCAAGGCUAUCUUGGAAGAUUUGACAGUCCUGUUCACAACACACCAGGUCCAAGAUGCACGGAGUGUGAACCUCUGGAAGCAAACGCCCCUGCAUGUAGCCAUCCUCGGCGGCCACUUGCCCUGCAUCCCCUUGCUCGCUACCUUUGACCCGCGGUGGUUCCACGUCCCCGACGCCUACCGCGCCCUUCCCACCGACUACAUGAUGCAUCUGUACCCGGCCCACGUCGAGGCAUGGUUGCGCGACAUGCCAUCGCUGCCCUUUAUCGUGAACGCCAUCACGGGCAACUCCCUGGUCCAUUCGUUGUGUACGAUUCUGCCUGACAACUUUUCGACGCUUUUGCGUUUGCUUCCCAAAAAGCUGCUGUCGGCAGUGAACCACCAUGGCCAGACCCCGGCCAUGAUGUUGGUACCGCGCCCGGGCGUCCGCCGCGAGCACUUUCACGCGAUGAUGCAGCAUGGUUCAUCAGCAACAACUCCAGCAACUAGAACGUGGUGGACUCAAGUAGACGACCAAGGACACACGGUGCUGCAUCUAGCAUUGAUUCACAAACUCGCUUGGGUGCUCGAGUUGGCAGACUUGACUGCAUUUCGGUCGUUCCAGUUGCUGCACAUGGCGGCGGAGUUGGGGUUGGCGUCGGCGGUGACGCUCUUGGUCCAGGCAGGCUUUUCCCCGCUGGAGUCGCUUCGUUCUGGAGCAACGCCUUCUGAAACCAGCAACUCCACGAUACCCAUCAUGCUCGCGUCGACACCGAGUUGCGUGCUGGAGCUUCUGCGCGUAGAGACCUUGGCCCAGCUAGAGUGCGUGGUGGAGCUCAGCCGAUCGAGCCGGCGGCAUGGACCGAGUGUGUAUCGGGUGCUCCACGCCAUGGUAAUACACAUGCCGCUGUUCGACUUUGUCCAAUCGGUGGCCCUCGCCAAUCCUCGUGUGUACCUCAGUUCCAACUGCUUGUUCCUCCAGCGCUUCCGCAAGUGCCUGCGAUUAGACGUCAAAUUGCUGCAACUGUCUAUGCAUGUCGCCGGCGUUCUGAAACGCAUGACGGGCCGCACGACGCUGACCAUCCCGUCCGACGAUAAGCUGUGGACGAGCAUUCAACAGCAGAGCCAACGAGACGACGUGGAUUGGAACCAGCCUGUGACACUGUACGUCGUGGCGUCCAAGGCGGUGUAUCUUACCACAGACGACCACAUGUGGAAGCUGUUGGCGAUGCAACUGCGACAACUCGGUCCGCAUCUGUUUGAUAUGAGUUUGGCUUUCUUUUCGUUGCUCGGCAAGUUGCUCGGACAUAUGGUGCUCGUGGGCCAGAAACUACCGCAAUCGGUGCUGCCACCGCUGUUCCUCAACACCCCCGCCGAGUUUAAGCCAGAAUUGGCGGCGGCUUUCAAGGCCGGGAUGGACUUGGUGAUGGGCGGCGGUGCCCUCGACAACUGGAACGGCUUUGAACGGUUCGCUCUGCUGCACAGAGUCGUGUUUUUGCUGUCGUUUGACCAGUGGAAACACUCGAAAGUGCACUACGACGCCCCAUUCCACCCCAACCACCCGACCAUUUUGAACCUCUGGACAGUGCUCGAGAACCACUUGGUGCCCGUCGAACAACUGAUUUGGCGCUUGCGAUGCGGCCAGCCCUUUCGGAUCACCCCCGCCCCAAUCGUGGGCAUCGUCGAGAAAGAUGUGUUGGGAGUCCCCGAAGACCUUUCCCUCGACAAGCUGCAGUUGGACGUGGUCUUGUUCCUUCGGGGGCUUCGAAAGCAACCAAUCCCAACCACGGACGAUUGUUCAAGUAGUGUCUCGGCUCCACCAAUACGGCGAUGAAAAGGAUGAUAUGUAUGCGACCGGUGACAGAGGCCACACUCAAGUGCUUUGAAC